GACCCUGGAGCAGCUGCUGCGCUCCGCCCGCAGCGGGAAGCCGAUCGACCGCGCCGACAUCCCCCCUCCUGUGGCUCUGGGCAAGGCUCCCCCCGCCAGCCCCGAGCCCCCCGUGCAGCCCCCGGCCCCGGACCCCCCCCGGGACCCCCCCGGGACCCCCAGGACCCCCGGGACCCCGGCCCGGCCCCCGGCCCCGCGCUGCGCCGGCGCCUGCAGGAGCUGCAGAGGGAGGCCGUGCUGGCCAAACGCCGAGGGGACAACGCCACCGCCCUGGGCCACUUCAGGGCGGCCAAGAGGCUGGAGGCGCAGCUGGAGGCGCUGGAGCGAGGCCCGGCCCCCGAUCCACAGGCUGAGGAGACGAGGGAUCCGCCAGGGAGGGAUCCAGCAGGGAAGGAUCCAGCAGGGAAGGAUCCGCCAGGGAAGGAUCCGCCAGGGAAGGAUCCAGCAGGGAAGGAUCCAGCAGCCCGGGAUCCACCAGCCCGGGAUCCAGCGGCCCCCAGCCCAGAGGCGCCGCGGGACGUGCGGGAGGCGCUGGAGCAGCGCAUGGAGCGGUACCGGGCGGCCGCGGGCCAGGCCCGGGCCAGCGGGGACGACAGGAAGGCCAGGAUGCACGAGAGGAUCCUCAAGCAAUACCAGGCCGCUCUCCGUGCCCUGGCCGCGGGCAGAGCCGUGGAUCUCUCGGAGCUGCCGGUGCCCCCGGGUGCCACUGCCGCCGGGACCCCCCCUUUGCAGGCUGCCCCCCCCAUCCCGGGCGCGGAGGGCCCGGCUGAGCCCGGCAUCUCCGGGCUGCUGGAGGCGGCGCUGAGGCUGACGGAGCAGCAGCAGCAGGAGGAGGAGGAGGAGGAGGAGGAGGAGGAGAAAGAGGGCACCAAGGUCCAGCCCAGUGCUGCCCCUGUGCCCCCCCCCAAACAACCCCCCCGGAAUUCCCAGCCCGCUCCCAAAGCUGCGGGAAAAGCCCAGCAGCAGCUGGAGCUGCUGGAGCUGCGGCGCCGGCAGCUGGCGCAGGCCGCGCUGCGCGCCAAGCGCCGCCACGACCUGGAGGGAGCCAAGGCCCUGCUGCGCCAGGCCCGGGCCGUGCAGGGGCUGCUGGGGGCUGCCCGCGGGGGGCUGCCCGUGGACCUCGCCCAGGUGCCCGAGGUGCCCCUGGACGGGACUGAGUUCGAGCUGGGCCCGGCCGGGGGGGCCCCGAUGCCCCCCGAGGUGGCCAAAACCUUCCAGCAGCUGGCCGGGGCCCUGAAGAGGCAGCACGAGAUGUGCCUCACCUACUCGCGGCAGUUCGCUCCUCGCCUGGGCAACAUCGCCGAGACCGCCAGGUGCGAGGCGCUGGCCGAGCAGUGCCGCGGGCACAUGCAGACCCUGCGGAGGGAGCACGGCCGGGGGGGGCCCCCCCCCAGAGCCCGGUAUGAGCAGAGAACGUUCAGCGUGGUCAGGAUGUUCCCCGAGCUGAGCAGCAGCGACCUGGAGCUGGGCAUCGAGCGGGGGGGCAUCCCGGUGCCCCCAGGUGUGGCCCCAGGUGACCUGGACACCUUCGUGCGCUUCGAGUUCCCCCACCCCAGCGCGGAGGAGGCGCAGCGGGACAAGACGCCGGUGGUGCGGGGCACGGACUGUCCCGAAUUCCGGGCGCGGUUCCGGCUGCGGCUGCUCCGCGGGCACCGCGCGCUGCGGCGGCUGCUGGGCCGCGGCAUCCGCCUGGAGGUGGCGCAGAAAGGGGGGCUGUUCCGGCCCGAGCGCGCUGGCUCGGCGCUGCUGCGCCUCGAGGGGCUCGAGGGGAGCUGCGAGCUGCGCCAGCAGCUGGAGCUGCUGGACGGGCGGCGCCGCACGGGCGGGCUGCUGGAGGUCUGGGUGCGGCUCCGGGAGCCGCUGGGGCCGCAGCGGGAGCUGGAGCCGCGCUGCGAGCGCUGGCUGGUGCUGGGCCGGCGCCCGAGCCCGCCCCCGCCGUCCCCAAACCGAGCGCGGCUGCCCCGAAGGACGGCACCAACCGACCCCUCCCGACCCUCCCCAGCCUCAACCUGCUGCACUUCGACCGCGAGCGCCUGGAGCGCAAGAUGGCUCCGUUGGGGCGCGCGGUGCCCCCCCGAGCUGCGGCAGCAGCACCAGGAGCUGCAGCGGCGCAUCCAGGGGCUGCGGGCGCGGCUGCAGGGGGGCGACCCCCACUUCCGCAGGGAGUACGCCGAGCACCUGCAGCGGCACCUGCGGCUCUACACGGAGGCCGCGCGGCGCCUCAGCACGCAGGGAGAGAGGGAGGCGGCCAAGGAGGCUCUGUACAAACGGAACCUGGUGGAGAGCGAGCUCCAAAAACUCCGUGGAUGAGACCCCUCCCCCCUCUGCUUUGCCCCCCUCCCCAAAAUCAAGCAGGGUUUUGGGGGGGUUCAGAGACCCCCCCACUCAUUUUGGGGGGGCUCUGGGGACCCCCCCCGUGUGCCCACUGUGACAAUCACAGGGACCAGAGCUGCUACA